AUGGCCGAGUCUCAUGAUGUUGGAUGGUUAAGUGAGGGAGCCAAGAUCCUCGAACUCUGCGAAAAGGGCGAUGCGCUCCUAGACGAAGAAAUCGGAAAGGUAUACAAGGGCAAGAAGAUACAAAAGGGUGUAGCUACGCCAUGCACAAUCUCUCCCAGCUCACACGUCACACCAUUCACACCGUUGGCUUCAGAAGAUGAUGCAGGCACGGAGCUCAAGGCUGGCGAGGUAGUCAAAAUUCAACUCGGUGCUCAGAUCGAUGGGUUUGGUGCGAUAGUUGGAGGCAAUGUUGUCGUUCCGCCUAAAGGAGAAAAGAAGGCGAAGAUUGAAGGACGCGAAGCUGAUCUGUUACUGGCUACACACUAUGCGAACGAACUCCUGUUACGGUUGAUGGUACCACCAGGCCUGUUAUCAGCUGGAACCGAUGAGGAAAAGAAGAAAGCGAGCGCCGAGAAGCCACCGAGUCAGAGCAAGAUGAUACAACUCGUCGAGAAGGUUGCUGCUGCGUACGAGGUCAAGGUUGUGCAGCAUACAACCUCCUGGCUGUUUGAACGCAACGAUAUCGAGGGCAAGAAGAAGAUCAUUUUGUCUCCAGCCGCUGAUUCCAGCAAGGGUGAGGGUUCACCGGAGGUAGGUGAGGUCUGGGGUGUGGAGGUCGGCAUGAGUCUCGGAAGUGGCAAGGUGAAAGACCUCGACAAGAGAAGUACGUUGAUGCGACGGACUGCCAUCACUUAUGGACUCAAGCGACCAAGUUCCAGGCAGGUGCUGAGCGAGAUUGUGAAGAAGUUCGGCACCUUCCCUUUCUCGCUGCGCCAAUUGGACGACGAAAAGGCUGGGAAGGUGGGCGUGAUUGAGUGUGUGCGCAACGGCGUACUGCGUGAGUACAAGCCUGCAGCUGAUUCUGAAGGAGCACCUGUUUCGCGGAUGUUCAGUACUGUAGCCAUCACGAAGAACGGUUUGACAAGAUUAGCUGCUCCACCGGCUCUGGAUCUUGAUACAGUGAAAUCAGACAAGAAGAUUACGGAUGAGGAGGUCUUGAAGAUUUUAGAACGACCUUUGUCCAAGUCAACAGGCACGAAGAGCAAGAACAAGAAAAAGAAGAAGAAGACUGCUAAGAAGGCUGUUGCAGCGGAUGAGGGCGAGGAGAGCGAGGAGGAAUCUGACGACGAAUAG